AGGAAGGUGCGGGCAGAUGCUGCUCAGGCGUCUAGAGGGAGGGGCGCCGGCGCCGCCAGAGCUUUGUAGGACGCUAACCUCCAAGAGGCAGACGGGAUGGCUAGCUCAGCCCGGGAGCACCUGCUUUUUGUGCGGCGUCGAAAUCCCCAGAUGCGGUACACACUGAGCCCAGAGAACCUCCAGAGCCUGGCUUCCCAGAGCUCCAUGCCGGAGAACAUGACCCUACAGAGGGCGAACAGCGACACAGACCUGGUGACUUCUGAGAGCCGCUCCAGCUUGACUGCGAGCAUGUACGAGUACACGCUGGGGCAAGCCCAGAACCUCAUUAUCUUCUGGGAUAUUAAAGAGGAGGUGGACCCCAGUGAUUGGAUUGGACUUUAUCAUAUAGAUGAGAAUUCUCCAGCCAACUUCUGGGAUUCUAAAAACAGGGGUGUGACUGGAACCCAAAAAGGGCAAAUUGUAUGGAGAAUUGAGCCUGGGCCCUAUUUCAUGGAACCGGAGAUAAAAAUCUGUUUUAAGUACUACCACGGCGUUAGUGGAGCCCUUCGCGCCACCACCCCUUGCAUCACCGUGAAGAACCCGGCUGUGAUGAUGGGGGCAGAAGGCAUGGAAGGAGGUGCUUCUGGAAAUCAACAUUCUCGGAAACUAGUUAGCUUUACCUUGUCAGAUCUUAGAGCAGUUGGGCUAAAGAAAGGGAUGUUCUUCAAUCCUGACCCUUAUCUUAAGAUGUCCAUUCAGCCAGGGAAGAAGAGCAGUUUCCCCACCUGUGCGCACCAUGGGCAGGAGAGAAGGUCUACUAUCAUCAGUAACACCACUAAUCCAAUUUGGCACCGAGAGAAAUAUUCCUUUUUUGCACUUCUUACUGAUGUCUUAGAAAUUGAAAUUAAAGACAAAUUUGCCAAGAGCCGUCCCAUCAUCAAGCGUUUUCUGGGGAAACUAACCAUUCCAGUCCAGAGAUUGCUGGAGCGGCAAGCCAUUGGCGACCAAAUGCUCAGCUACAACCUUGGCCGCAGGCUCCCAGCUGACCACGUGAGCGGGUACCUCCAGUUUAAAGUGGAGGUUACGUCUUCUGUGCACGAAGAUGCUUCUCCAGAAGCUGUUGGCACAAUACUUGGGGUCAAUACUGUAAAUGGAGACCUAGGAAGCCCUUCUGAUGAGGAGGACAUGCCUGGGGGCCAUCAUGACAGCCCCGUUUGUUCUAAUGGACCAGUUUCUGAGGACAGUGCUGCUGAUGGGACGCCCAAGCAUUCUCUCAGGACUAGCUCUACUCUGGAAAUAGACACAGAGGAAUUAACCUCUACUUCUUCAAGGACCUCACCUCUCCGAGGACGUCAGGAUUCACUCAAUGAUUACUUAGAUGCGAUUGAACACAAUGGCCAUUCCAGGCCGGGCACGGCCACCUGCUCGGAGAGGUCCAUGGGAGCCUCUCCAAAACUAAGGAGUAGUUUUCCCACUGACACAAGACUCAAUGCAAUGCUUCAUAUCGACUCAGAUGAGGAAGACCACGAGUUCCAGCAAGACCUAGGAUAUCCAUCUUCCUUGGAGGAGGAGGGAGGGCUAAUAAUGUUUGGCACGGCAUCAAGAACUGAUGAUGUGAGCCUGACAUCACAGACAAAGCCAGAAGACAACCCAGUGGAGGUGGAGGAAGCCCCCACAAAUGAAGCCGCUUCCUUCGAGGAUAAGCCAGAACAUCUUCCAGAGCUGGCAGAGGCCUCCUUACCCCCAGGCCCAGUCCCAGAUGAAAGCGAAAAUGGCCCAGAGUCUCAACCAAGUGCUGACCAGGGCAGCACCGAAUUGUGUGGCUCUCAGGAGGUGGAUCAGCCCACGAGUGGGGCAGACACGGGGACUUCCGACACGUCAGGAGGAAGCCGCAGAGCCAUCAGUGAGACUGAGUCCCUGGAUCAGGGGUCUGAGCCUUCCCAGGUAUCCUCUGAAACAGAGCCCAGUGACCCUGCCAGGACAGAGAGCGUGAGCGAGGCCAGCACGCGGCCGGAGGGCGAGAGCGACCUGGAAGGCGCCGACAGCUCCUGCAAUGAGAGCGUUACCACACAGCUCUCCUCGGUGGACACGCGGUGCUCGUCUCUUGAGAGUGCACGCUUUCCCGAAACCCCGGCCUUUUCCUCUCAGGAGGAGGAAGAUGGAGCCUGCGCAGCAGAACCCAUCAGCAGUGGCCCCGCGGAAGGGUCGCAGGAUUCCAUACGCACUCCCAGUGCUUUACCUGUGGUGCAGGCGCCCAGUGGAGAGGAGGAAAGGCCAGGGGCAGACUCGGCCCCUCUACCUCACCAGGAGGAGGUGGGGGAGGUCUGGCAGCGGCGGGGGAGCCUGGAGGGAGCUGCUGCUGCUGAGAGCCAGCCCCAAGAAGAGGGUGAUGCCGGGGAUGCCCACGGGGCUUGUGAAGGGGCCACUGCCCAGGAGGAGGGCGCCACCGGAGGUUCUCAGGCCAAUGGCCACCAGCCAUUGAGAUCGCUGCCUUCAGUGCGCCAAGAUGUUAGCCGCUACCAGAGGGUGGACGAGGCUCUUCCACCAAACUGGGAGGCACGCAUUGACAGCCAUGGCAGGAUCUUCUACGUGGAUCACGUCAACAGAACCACCACAUGGCAGCGGCCAACAGCGCCCCCGGCCCCCCAGGUGCUGCAGAGGUCCAACUCCAUACAGCAAAUGGAGCAGCUGAACCGGAGAUACCAGAGUAUCCGCAGAACCAUGACUAACGAGAGGCCUGAGGAAAAUACCAACGCUAUCGAUGGGGCAGGGGAGGAAGCUGACUUUCACCAAGCCAGUGCAGAUUUCCGACGGGAGAACGUCCUGCCCCACUCUACCUCUAGAUCCAGGCUCACGUUGCUGUUACAGUCUCCCCCUGUGAAGUUCCUCAUCAGCCCAGAGUUCUUCACCGUGCUGCAUUCUAACCCUAGUGCCUACCGCAUGUUUACAAACAAUACGUGUUUGAAGCACAUGAUCACCAAAGUCCGGCGGGACACCCACCACUUUGAACGCUACCAGCAUAACCGAGAUCUUGUGGGAUUCCUCAACAUGUUCGCCAACAAACAGUUGGAGCUGCCAAGGGGCUGGGAGAUGAAACACGAUCAUCAGGGCAAGGCAUUUUUUGUCGACCACAACUCCCGCACCACCACUUUCAUCGACCCCCGGCUCCCGCUCCAGAGCAGUAGACCCACGAGCGCGCUGGUUCAUCGGCAGCACCUGACGAGGCAACGCAGCCACAGCGCCGGCGAGGUAGGAGAAGAUUCUCGACAUACAGGCCCACCAGUUCUUCCCAGGCCAUCGAGUACGUUCAAUACAGUCAGUAGGCCACAGUACCAGGAUAUGGUUCCAGUGGCUUACAAUGACAAGAUUGUUGCAUUUCUGCGCCAACCCAACAUCUUUGAAAUUCUACAGGAGCGUCAACCUGAUCUUACCAGGAAUCAUUCACUCAGGGAGAAGAUCCAAUUUAUCCGAACUGAAGGGACCCCAGGAUUGGUGCGUCUUUCAAGUGAUGCAGACCUUGUUAUGUUGCUGAGUUUAUUUGAAGAAGAGAUAAUGUCUUAUGUGCCUCCACAUGCCUUACUUCACCCCAGCUACUGUCAGUCCCCCCGUGGCUCCCCCGUGUCCUCUCCCCAGAACUCGCCGGGUACUCAGCGUGCCAAUGCCCGGGCUCCAGCCCCUUACAAGCGAGACUUUGAAGCCAAGCUAAGGAACUUUUACAGGAAGUUAGAGACUAAAGGAUACGGACAAGGCCCAGGGAAAUUGAAGUUAAUUAUCAGAAGAGAUCACUUACUAGAAGAUGCUUUUAAUCAGAUCAUGGGCUACUCCAGAAAAGACUUGCAGAGAAAUAAGCUGUACGUCACAUUUGUCGGGGAGGAAGGGCUGGAUUACAGUGGACCUUCCAGAGAGUUUUUCUUCCUCGUAUCCAGAGAACUCUUUAACCCGUAUUAUGGCUUAUUUGAAUAUUCGGCCAAUGAUACAUACACAGUACAAAUAAGUCCCAUGUCUGCUUUCGUAGACAAUCACCAUGAAUGGUUCCGGUUCAGUGGUAGGAUUCUUGGUCUUGCACUCAUACACCAGUAUUUGUUGGAUGCCUUCUUCACACGGCCCUUUUAUAAAGCUCUUCUCAGAAUUCUGUGUGACCUGAGUGAUCUAGAAUACCUUGACGAAGAGUUCCACCAGAGCCUGCAGUGGAUGAAAGACAAUGACAUCCAUGACAUCUUGGAUCUUACAUUCACUGUGAACGAAGAAGUUUUUGGGCAGAUUACCGAACGAGAAUUAAAACCAGGGGGUGCCAAUAUCCCGGUCACAGAGAAGAACAAGAAGGAGUACAUCGAGAGGAUGGUGAAAUGGAGGAUUGAGAGGGGCGUCGUACAGCAAACAGAGAGCUUAGUGCGCGGCUUCUAUGAGGUGGUGGAUGCCAGGCUGGUGUCUGUUUUUGAUGCAAGAGAACUGGAACUGGUCAUCGCAGGCACAGCUGAAAUCGACCUGAGUGACUGGAGAAACAACACGGAAUAUAGAGGAGGAUAUCAUGACAAUCAUAUUGUAAUUCGGUGGUUCUGGGCUGCCGUGGAAAGAUUCAACAAUGAACAACGACUAAGGUUGUUACAGUUUGUCACAGGCACAUCCAGCAUUCCCUAUGAAGGAUUUGCUUCUCUCCGAGGGAGUAAUGGCCCAAGAAGAUUCUGUGUGGAGAAAUGGGGGAAAAUCACUGCUCUUCCCAGAGCUCACACUUGUUUUAACCGUCUGGAUCUCCCCCCGUACCCAUCCUUCUCCAUGCUUUAUGAAAAACUCUUGACAGCAGUGGAAGAGACCAGCACUUUUGGACUUGAGUGACCUGGAAAAGUGAGAUCGGGCUCCGUAUGGACAGGCAAUUUCAAAAGCUGCCCUCUCGAAGAAUGGCUGAACAUUGGAAGUUUGAAGAGUACACUUCCAUUAGAGUAAAGCUGAAUGCUCUGAUUUUCCAGGAACACACACUCUGUCACAUUUGGGGACCGGAUAGUGGUGAUGAGUCCUCUUGGAAGGAUUGGGGUGAGCUUGAUGCCCAGGGAACAACCCAACAGUCUUUCAAUCAACAGUUGUUGACUGCCAAACUUUUUUCCAUUUGUGUUAUGUUCCAAGACAAAGAUGAACCUGUACACGAUCAGUUCCACAGUCACUUUUAGGGACUCAGGAGAAUCUUGAAACUUACCCCUGAACGUGGAUCCAGCCAAACUGGCAGCACUUGGCCCAAUCUCCAAAUUAGCGCAGGUUAAAUAAUAUAAUAAAAACCAAUAUGUCUCCUGAAAGUACAUUCACUGAAGCCCUGAGUUAUAGCAGAAUGUUCAUUUUCUCGCUUAUGAGUGCCUGCAUGGUGUGCACCGUAGGUUUCAGCUUUCAUGGGACGCAAGUGAAAGUGAAAGCCAGUCAACAUGAGGUAACUUUAAAGAUCUGCAAUAAGGUGGUCUGUGGCAAUGUGUACGCAAAGUGUGUAACUAUGGCUGAAGACAAACUGUUAUACAAUGAGUAACUAAUGACAGAUUUUAUGCUUUAUAAUGCAUGAAAACAAUUUAAAAAUAACUAGCAAUUAAUCACAGCAUAUCAGGAAAAAAUACACAGUGAGUUCUGUUUUAUUUGUCAUAGGUUCAUUAUAUUUACGUUCUUUAAGCUGUAUAUAAGAACCUACCUGUCCUACUGUGUGUCACCUGUUCCAUUUCCAUGUUCCAUGCUUACUCGGGCAUCAUGCUAGUACGUAUCCUUUUAAGCACUCUCAAGGGAACAGAAGGGCCUUUUAUUUUUAUAAAGGUACAAAAAAAAUUCCCCGAAACAUUUUGCACUGAAUGUACCAAAGUUGAAGGGACAUUACAAUACGACUAACAGCAACUCCAUCACUUGACAAGUAUAAUAGAAAAUAGCUUCUAAAUCAGACUUCCUUCACAGUGCCAUGUCUACCACUACAAGGACUGUGCAUCUAAGUAAUAAUUUUUUAAGACUCACUAUAUGUGAUAGUAUGAUGUGCAUUUAUUUAAAAUGCAUUAGACUUCUUCCAUCCAUCAAAUACUUUACAGGAUGGCAUUUAAUACAGAUAUUUCGUAUUUCCCCCACUGCUUUUUAUUUGUACAGCAUCAUUAAACACCAAGCUCAUUUAGGGAACCAUCAGUAACACCCAAGAGAUCAGCUCUCUUUAGUAAUAAGAAUUCCACUUUCCCUCGUCGGUGAAGACAUCACAAAUUGAAACUCUCAGUACUAUAUUUCUAAGCCUGCAUUUUCACUGAUGCAUAAUUUUCUUAUCAAUAUUAAGAAACAAUUUUUCUAUGGUAUCUCAGAAACUGCAUGAUAUCACUAAUGUUAUUUCUGCAUAGUUUUAUCAGAGGAUGUUCUUCAUUUUUAUUGCUUUUGGGGUUACUGCACAUCAUUGUUUUUUUCUUGACUUAUGGCCGUAACUAAUCGGAGUGAGUUCUUCAAUAGAGUGAAGUUAAAUCAUGGAUAAUAAAAGCACUGGAUUAGCAUUUGGUUUGCCAGCCUGUGAUUUUACAGGUGUUGCCCAAACACCUCUUUGAGAAUUAUUAAGUAGCCAUGGAAUUCCUAUUAUGGGAUGUUGGCAAUCUUGUAUUUUAUAGGGUCACAUGCAUGGUUUUCACAGGUGGUUUAUAAGAACUAAUUGCUCUCCUGUUGGUUAAGCUAUGUUUACUGUUGAGACCCUCAAGAGAAAUACCACUCAUGUUGCAUUCCUGAACUAAAGGCAGGUACUAUAACGUUCCCCAAAAAAGGUUACUGAAAUCUGGAGAUAAGAAAGGAAGAUUUAUCUGUGUACUAUAAUUGGACCAGAGAAAAAGGGAAGAGAAAAAAGUUUUCAUUGGAAAUGUUAGUUUGUACUUAUUGAUCAUGAAUAUAAGUAUAUAUUUAAUUUUGCAAACUA